CUGUGGUUUCCUGUGAGUGCAGAUGGACCAGAACAUCCAUCUUGCAAUGCAGCAAUAUCUUCUAUAGCUUCUAUAUAAUCAAACGUGCUGUUCUGAGCAUGUACAAGUUCGUUCUCAAAAUUAAUUCGGUAUCCAAAAAACUGAUCUUCAGUUAUUGCAUCUUUUCAGUAUUAGUAAUACUGGUGACAGUAUGUCUGAACUUUUUUUUGACAUAUGAGGUCAGAGUUUUAAAAGGUGAUCUGGAAAAACUGAAAGGGGGAUUUCUCUCUCACCAGCAAACAUCACAAGAUUUCAACAACGGACAGUUCAUGGUAGAUAUUUGGGAGAAGAUCAAGUUAGUGACCUCUAAAACGUCCUAUCACAUGAAAACUCAAAAGGGCCAUCAACAUGCAAUAAAGUCUUCCACCAUAAGAACAAAGCGAGAACAGACUGACAUUACAACUCAGCAGUCAUUUCUGCAGCUGAUUGCCGCAGCCAAUGAAAAUCCAAUUCUGAGAGACUCAGACAAUGCCACUACCAUUCCCUGGACUGUCGCCAUUCAGCAUGGAGAAGCUUUAUUAAUAGCUGACAACAAAAUCAUUGUUAAACAAGACAGCUAUUAUAUGGUGUUUGGCCAGGUUCUGUUCCACAACCCUGGCAUCGUUAUGGGUCAUUUAAUCAGGAGACGGAAAUCUAGCGUGUCCGGAAUGGAGCACAGGUUCACUGAUCUGCUCCGUUGUCUGCAAGAAAUGCCCCGAAACAACUGUGCAAAUACAUGCUACACUACAGGAAUCGUGAAGCUGGAGCGGGAGGAUGAGCUGGAGCUGGUGAUUCCUGAUAGGCCUCAGGCUCUCAUUUCCAUGGAUGCAGACUCUACUUUCUUUGGCAUCCUGCAACUGCAAUGAAGAGACAGCAAAACACAGGUGGACUUGUUCACUGGAGUGGAUUCCACAGCUUAUUGUGAUAAUUCACUCACUGCACUCACUGCAUAUAUCAUACAGUACAGUGACAUAUGGAUGAGUUUCUGACUUUCUGACUGUAUGGGGAAAACUGAAAGUGAGAGAAUAAGUAAAAAAUAAUUUCUACGUCUCCCAUGAUGUGAGUAUUCUAGGAAACACCCACUGAAAUUUAAUUUUAAAGAUUUUUAGUAAAUCUCAGGUAUUUUUCUUGCCUUUCAAAUUGUAGUCAGCACCUAUUUGUGUGCAUAACCCCCCCCCCCCCCCAAAAAAAAAUAAAAAAAUCCCCAAUUAAUUUCGUCCCAAGAAUUGCCCCAACUGCUUCAUCCUGGAACUUGGGAGGGGCAUGUAGAGUGGAGAAGAAUUCAGAGUAUGAUUAACCAUGGAAUGUUAGCAUGAUAAUCGAGAUAAGGAUGAUUGUUAUAAGGUUAAAUAAUAAAGAUUAAGAUUUACUUGA